GAAACGCUUACGUUGCGGGUGGAAGUCGUCGUUCGUAGCCGUCGUAGCACAUUCACAGCUCUAGUCUCUGCUACUAUCCCACUAGCGGGGUACUAAAUCAGACACUAUCUGAUAACCGAAGCAUCGUACAAGAGCUUAUCGCUUUCGGGCUGCGUGUUUCCUAUCGCAUUGACAAAACAAGCCGACCCACCUUGAAACCUUUUUAGUGAGAUAACACACAUCGCCCUGGAGGAAGUGCAUUAGAUUUAAUUAAAAAAAUUCGAACGUUUAGCUCAAUUUGUGAAGUGAGUGUUGUGCCACCAAUUUAUCUGUAAUCCAGAACCGGAAACAAUCAUUAGCAGAGAGUGCGUGACGUCCGGUCCAGCUAAAGAAAAUGACAUUCAAUUUACGCCAGGUUUACGCCUUCGCCCGGGAGUACCACCAGAAGCGGGACAACCAGAAGGACAUACAGUAUGGUACCGCCGGGUUUCGAUCCCACGCCGACAAUUUGGACUACGUGAUGUACCGCAUGGGAUUGCUGGCUGUGCUACGAUCGCGGGCCAAGAGUGGAAAAGUGAUUGGGGUGAUGAUUACCGCUUCGCACAAUCCGGAACAGGACAACGGCGUCAAGCUGAUCGACCCGAUGGGUGAAAUGUUGGAACAACGGUGGGAAAAGCUAGCCACUGCCCUUGUCAACGUCAGUGACGACGAUCUGGAAACGCAGGUCGGAAAGAUCAGUGCCGAUGAAGGAAUUGAUAACACGAUGCCGGCUAAGGUGUUCGUUGGAAUGGACACUCGCUAUCAUAGCCCGCAGCUGGCCAAAGCUGUGUUGAAUGGGAUUGCUGCCAUGCGGGGAACCGUGAGGGAUUUUGGAAUUGUGACGACUCCGAUGUUGCAUUAUUUUGUGACAUGCUCGAAUACCAAUAUGGCUUAUGGUUUACCCACCGAAGAUGGAUACAUGCACAAGUUGUUAAGAGCAUUCAAGACCAUUCGUGGGAAAGAUUUCGAGAGAGGCAAUUACGUGAAUCAGGUGUACUAUGAUGGCGCCAACGGAGUUGGAUCGUUGAAGAUGCUGGGCUUUAUCAAAAAGUUCGAUUGUUAUCUCAACGUAAAAGUGUUCAAUAGUAAUGGUAAAAUUAACUACAACUGUGGUGCUGAUUACGUUAAGACUAAUCAACGUGCCCCGGAAGGAUUGCCAGAGCUAGAACCCAAUGCACGAUGCGUUUCAGUCGAUGGUGAUGCCGAUCGAGUGCUGUACUAUUUCACCGAUGCGGAAGGUGCAUUCCAUUUGCUAGAUGGAGACAGGAUUGCCACCUUAAUUGCAGGUUUUCUCAAGGAGUUGGUUGAAAAAUGCGGCGUAGAUAUUAAUAUGGGACUAGUUCAAACUGCCUACGCAAAUGGUGCUUCAACGGAUUAUAUUGUUAAUCAAUUGAAAGUUCCCGUGGCUUGUGUGCCAACUGGCGUGAAACACUUGCACCAUAAAGCACUUGAUUAUGAUAUCGGUGUUUACUUUGAAGCAAAUGGACACGGUACCAUUAUCUACAGCACGAGCGUGAAAGACAAAAUUGCUGCUGCCAGUAAAGACGAGUCGCUAACGCAAGAACAGCGAGGUGCAGCGGAUAUUUUGCUUCAAACAAUCGACCUCACAAAUGAAACUGUAGGCGAUGCGAUUUCGGACAUGCUUUUGGUGGAAACUGUUCUCCAUUACAGAGGUUGGAGUCUCAAUGAUUGGUUGGCCACCUACACCGAUCUACCGAAUGUUUUGAUGAAGAUCAAGGUUGAAGAUCGUAACGUUAUCACAACAACCGAUGCCGAACGAGUUUGCGUCACGCCGGAAGGACUGCAGGACGCCAUCAAUGAAAUUGUCGCCAAAUACGCCAAGGGUAGAUCGUUUGUGCGUCCUUCGGGUACCGAGGAUGUAGUGCGCGUUUAUGCCGAAGCGGAUACCAAGGAGAAUACACUGCAGUUGGCUCUCGAUGUGGCCAAUGUAGUUUACGAUAAAGCCGGAGGGACCGGAGAACGGCCUCAGAAACCUCAAAUCUAAAUUUGUUUCCAAUGAACCUGAAGCCACCAAUACUGCCACCGUUUGAAAGCUUACGACGGGUCAUAGCAAUUGUUUUAGAGCAUUAAUUGGUACUACGCAUUUCCCAAUCCUGUUGAAUUUACACAACUACUGCAAUUUAUGAGAUUCUAUUGUUUAAGCUCAAAACAUUAAACUGCUUCGUACUGAAUAAUUUUAAUCAAUGUGUACAAUGUUAGACAGUUUUUCCUAUGAAUGCAUAUAAUCAAUAAAAAAUAUUUUCGCCUUAAAAACAA